ACAUGGAACACAUUUAAGCACAUGCACGAAACUGUCACACAGCGCUUAUUUUGACGACGCGAUAAUUGAGAAAAAUUGAUUGAAUUGUUCAAAUUUACCAUAAAAACUAGUAAAAUAAUUGAUCAAAGACAUGAGUGAUGAUUACUUGAGCAAACCUCUAUCGUUCGGAGCUUCACCGGCACUUCCGUCGCAGCAGAUUCAACCUCUUUCGCCGUACCUCAACUAUGAUCCACGCUUUCUGCAGAACCAGCCGGAAUUCAUUUUCCCAGAAGGCGCUUCGAAACAACGCGGCCGGUUCGAAUUGGCAUUCUCACAAAUCGGAUCUUCGGCAAUGAUCGGCGCUGGCAUAGGCGGUAUGGCUGGUUUCUACAACGGAGUACGGGCCACGGCUCUCGCAAAUCAGACCGGCAAACUUCGCCGUACACAACUGCUAAACCAUGUCAUGAAGCAGGGAGCGGCCACGGCAAACACCCUCGGAACCGUUGCUGUUAUGUAUUCGGCAUUCGGUGUCCUGCUACAGUGGGCUCGCGGAGAGGACGAUGAAAUCAACACGAUAGCUGCCGGGGGUGCCACCGGGUUGCUGUACAAAUCGACGGCAGGCCUGAGAAAGUGUGCCCUAGGCGGAGGAAUCGGUCUUGCCUUAAGUUCUUUGUACGUGCUAUGGAGCAUGAGCGGAGGUAGUUCGGGAAAAUUGAAAGAAUUCCGCUCACAGUACUUGUAAUUUGGAAUGCUAUUAUAGAUACCCAAUACGAAACACGUGCUGCAAAGUGACGCGGAUUUAAAUGAUAAAGUAAAUUGUUAAGAGUAGGUUCAGCGAAUAGGAAAGGAACCUUGAUCCUUUAUCCAAAAGCAAACGAACCAGUUUCAGUCUAUGAAGAACAAGUGUACCCAUUGAGAUAAGUUCCAUUAUGUAUGUUCAGAGGACACUUGUUAUCUGUGAUUCUUAUGUUUAUAUUAUUUCUUCUCUAGACAUGCAAACCAAGAAGUUCAAAUAAAUGGAAAAAUCAAAAAUGUG